AUCUUAAUAGUCAUGUUGAUAGCGUGUAAAAAAUUAAUUUUUGCCACUAGGCCAAAAAUUUCAUCAAAUAUCAAUAAAAAUAAAUAUAUUUUGUCAAGAUUUUACAAUGAUGAAAAUACAAGUAGUAAUAAUAAUAAUGAUAAUAAUAUAAAAGUAAAUGAUAGUUUUAGUCCAGAAGAAGAAAAUCUUGUUGUCAACAUUAUAAAUAAUUGUACAGCAGAUGAUUUAGAAAAAUACAGUAUAAAUAAAAAUCAAAUAAAAAAAUUAUUAGCACAUCGUAAUGAAAAUGGUAAAUUUAAAGUAUUUGAUGAUUUGUUGACAGUACAAAGUAUACCAUCAUUAAUUAAAUUAUCAAAAUCAAUUAUUGAUGGUGGUAAAAAAAGUAAAAAUAAUACAUCAACAUCAACAUCAACAUCAACAUCAAUAAACAAGAAUAUUGUUACACCAUCAAUUGAUUCAUUAGAAAAAUUUAUGAUUAAAGAAUCACUUGGAUUACAUAUUUUGGGUGAUACAAUAAGUUGGACUGCUCUUGAUAUUGAUGGAAAUUUAAAAAAUUGGCAAUCUCAUAGCUUUGAAAAUCAAUCAAAAACAAAUCUUGUACCAUUGGUAAAUAGCAUUAUUGAAAUUGCAUUAAAAAUACCAGAUGCUGAUGCAUACAUAAUGGAAGCUGAUUCAUAUACUUCUCUUGGUAAAUUAAAAUCAUCAGCAUAUUAUUAUCAUCUACAACGACAACAAGUUAUUGCAACAAUAAUUAGUGUUCUUUGUAUGAGACGACAAUAUAAAUACAAUAUGAAUGAUGUAUCAGUAUCAAGUGAUGAUAAAUUAAAAUCUUCAAUGUUGCAUAAUUUUUAUACAAUGCAACCACGUUCACCAGCUCGUUUAUUUAAUUUAAUUGUUGGAUCUGAAGUUGUAUCAAAUGAAUCAAUAAUUUCUGAUAUAUUACUUGGUAAAAAAAUUGAAAAUCUUUCAGCUUUGCCAUCCGUCAAUGUUGAUUCUACAAUUAUGUUUAAUUAUCGUAAAAGUGAUCAAGCAACUCGUAACUUGAUGAAUACAUCACUUUUACUUACUUUGUCAUUUAUUCAUUUAUUACGAACAAAUAUAUCAAAAUAAAAAAAAAAAUGAAACAUUUUAUUGUUAUUAUUAUUU